GCAACAAUAGCCGACGAAAGGUGUUUUUACGUAGUAAUUUUACAUAUAUUGGGUUACAAAUCAUAAUUAAAUUACCCUAGUGAAUUCAAAAAAAAAAACCAACAGCUGUGCUUUGUGCAAAAACGUUCGUUUGUUUCACAUGUAAUUUGUAAAUUGCGCAAUAACCAGUCACAUAUUGUGAGCGACGCUUUGAGCUGUGGAUUCCUCCUUACUUUAAUUAAUUUCUCUGCUGUCUAUCAACGGUAACAGUCGUGAACGUGGGCAAAUUACACACACGAACACUGACACACACACCAGCCACACACACACACAUACAAAUUAUUAUUAGUUUGGUCAAGUAACUGAGAAAAACAACAAAAGCAAAAUGUCGACAGUCGAUAAGGAAGAACUGGUCCAGAAGGCAAAAUUGGCCGAGCAAUCAGAGCGCUACGAUGACAUGGCCCAGGCCAUGAAAUCAGUCACAGAGACGGGCGUCGAGCUGUCAAAUGAGGAAAGAAAUCUGCUCUCCGUUGCCUACAAAAAUGUGGUUGGAGCGCGCAGGUCAUCGUGGCGCGUCAUUUCCUCCAUCGAGCAGAAAACCGAAGCAUCCGCCAGAAAACAACAGCUCGCCCGCGAGUACAGAGAGCGUGUGGAGAAGGAGCUUAGAGAAAUUUGCUAUGAAGUUCUGGGACUUCUGGACAAAUAUCUUAUUCCAAAAGCCAGCAAUCCAGAAAGCAAGGUUUUCUACUUGAAGAUGAAGGGAGAUUAUUACAGGUAUUUAGCUGAGGUCGCCACAGGAGACGCACGCAACACUGUUGUCGACGAUUCCCAAACCGCUUACCAGGAUGCAUUUGACAUUAGCAAGGGCAAAAUGCAGCCAACACAUCCCAUUCGCUUGGGUCUUGCACUUAACUUCUCAGUCUUCUAUUAUGAGAUUUUGAAUUCUCCAGAUAAGGCUUGCCAAUUGGCUAAACAGGCGUUCGAUGAUGCGAUAGCCGAGCUGGACACACUGAAUGAGGACUCAUACAAAGACUCAACACUCAUCAUGCAAUUGUUGAGGGAUAACCUGACUCUUUGGACCUCCGAUACCCAGGGUGAUGGCGAUGAGCCACAGGAGGGCGGUGACAACUAACCAAACAACUAAAAUGUUUCCUUUUUGACUAUGCAAAUAUUAUUCAGUAAUACAAAAACCAACAAACAAACAAACAAAACAAAACAUAAGCAAGAUAUAUAAAAACAAACAAACAAACAAAUCUUUGAAGUCGAAAGCAGCAGAGAGCAGUAAUGUAAUAAUAAAAGCAACAUCAAAACCAACAUCAGCAUCGACACAAAACACAAAUCCAAACAAAAACAGAAACCAACACAAACAACAACAGCAGAAGAAUACUUGAUUCAGCUUCUUGUGGCUGUGUGAUGAUAGUUUUGUGUGAGUGAGUUGAGGCUAAGAUGGGCAGGAGAAACUAUUGUCAUGCAUACAACUGAGAAGGAAGAAGGAAGAACCAAAUCUGGUUUAUAGACAGUUUAAUACGUAUACGCAUUACGUAUACGUGUAUUGCAAUUGAGGGUCACAUACAAGAAUUGUUCCAAUUGUUUGAAAUGAAUACAUGCAUGUAUUCGCAGCAACUAUUGUGAAAUUGAGAGAACAAAUGCCGAUUAAAGUCUAAAAUGAGAAUGAUAAGAAAACCAAACGUCUUAAUUUGCUUCACAUGCCGUUCAAUUUGUCAUUGUUUACAAAAUAGUAUGCUCUUGCAACAAUUUGCAUAUACAAGAUCAAAUCUAAAAACAAAACACUAAACGAAAACUACUUUAUCAGCCUAUCGAGAAUACGAUGAAUAUGUGUGUGUGUGGCGGCAAAGAUGUGAAUUUUGUUUUGUGUAGUUAUUUACUAUUCCGCUAUUUCGGCCAACAGCGUACACUAUACAUAUGCCUAAAAGUAAUAUUAUUUAUUAUAAUUAUGUUUUAAUAAAUAAUUACAUUUUGUUUUAUAUUAACAUACAAGCAAACUACAACAACAACAGAACACAAGACACAGUCAACAAAAAACUAUAAUGUCUUUUAUUUUUGUUUAAUGCGCUGCGUCGCUUUCCUUAAAAAAAAAAACAAACAAUAAUAAUAAUAAACAAAGGCUAAUUGGUUUACACAA